AGAAACUAGUAGGCUCGCUUCCGGGCCAGAUCGGACGCCCGUCGGCCCUCCAGGAGGCUAAGGAGGUCAAACAUCAGGUGACGACCAUCGUCAACGUCCUGAUCAGCGUGGUUUCUGUGGCCUACGCGGUGUGGUACUGGACAGGAUCUGUCAAUCUGUUUAAUGACGCUACCAGGGUGCUGUUGGCUCUUUUUGCGGCCAUUCUGGUGCUCGUGGCCGAAGUGGUGGUUUUCGGGGGCUAUCUAAGACGCGUGGACGAGGCCAAACAGCGCGAGCGGAGAAAGAAAGAAGUGCGCAAGGUGGUGAAUUCUGUCACAUUUACGAAAAAAUCACAGUGAGCAUGAAAAAUAUUGAAAAAAAUAUUUCUAUAUAGUCCGCAGAGUGCAAAAUGUGGCACUUGUUGUUUCACUGCGCAAGAAAACAGGUCGUCCGGUCUGUGCAGCCAAUGGUGGCAUUUCGACUGGUCUCCUCGGUUCCUCUCAAAGCCAAAUGCACUUCCUGUGGCUACAAACUGCAGAACUCCGACCCGGGCAAGCCAGGGUACACCAAAUACUCGUUUGAGGAAAAUGUGCGAGAGAAGCCCCAAAUCCGAAACCACAGCAUUCCACAGGAGAAGGAACAGGCGAUUCUCGAAGAGUUCCGCUCGAUGAUGGGGAAUUUGCCCGUUAAAUCGUCUGAACCCAGUGCCAACAAAGCAGACAAAAGCCCAAUGUGUCUGCGGUGCUACGACGCCGUCCACCACAACGUGUACAACCCUGAAGAGCACGUGACAAUUUCCGUGGAGGAUGCAAUGAGCGAAAUCCCUUCCAAUGCCAAAAUAGUACAUGUGAUUUCGGCCCUUGACUUUCCUCUUGGCGCAACCUCAAAAGUCUUGCAAAACAGAGAUCCAAGCAAGAUUUAUUACGUUAUCACCAAGAUGGAUUUAUUCUUCAAUAGAGACCACUACAUCAACUCCGAAGGAACGCAAUAUUUUGCCCAGGUACUGCAACGUCUGGUUGGGGCAGACCCAAGCAAGGUUCGCUGUGUGACGGCGAGAAACAGGUGGGGAGUGCGCGAUCUCUACUCAUGGCUACCCCAAGGCAAUUUGUACUUCAUUGGGGAGACAAACUCGGGCAAAAGUCGGCUGAUUGAGAGUCUGUGCAGGUACCACGAGUACGUGAAGAGAGAAGAGAUACAGUCGACUCCUGGAGUUAGCAACUGGCCCGGCUUCACGCGAGAUUUUAUGAAAUACAUUUUGCACAAAAGAGACACAACCCUCAUAGACACCGUUGGAUUUGCUCCUCCGCAGGAGGGAAUCUUCAAAUACAUGCUCUCUGAACACAUACCUGCUCUUCCAACCCUGAAAAAACCGCCUACUCAAGAGCCAAAAGACCACCGUCUGCAGUCGUUGAGCGUGAAGACCGCAAAGUAUUAUUCGGGAGACAGGGUUUUCAGCAUCGGAGGCUACUUCUAUCUACGACCUCCCAGCGACUGUGCUUUGAGAAUUUUCCCCGGCAUGUCAGGCAAGCAAUUCAAUCAGCAUUCCAUCGAAAAAGCGAUUCACACCAGUUUGAACCGAGAUCGUGCCGUUGCGUCUAACUUUUCAGUCAACAAACUGGCGGUUCAGCAUCUCGAACGCCACGUGAUUCCCAUCUUCUACGGCGCCGUCGAUCUGGUAUUCCGUGAUAUCGGAUUUUUAACCAUUGCUCCAACGGGGAUUCCAAAGAUCCGCGAGCUUUUCGAGCUUUGGAUUCCGAAGGGAAUUGACGUGAUUGUCAGAGAACCGAUUUUCAAAUACAUAUAUCCGCGAACGAUGCCCAAAGACCCCAAUGCUCCUAGGUUGUCUAAAUACAGGAAAGUCCCUGAAGACAAGCUAAUUUAUACCAAAAUUUUCCCCGUGGACGAACACAGGACGAAAGCUGAACUAUUGGAGGAGUUCGAUUCAAAUGGGUCAAUCCGAGAGCAUUUCGAGUCCGCCAAGUCGCAGGACAGUUACAGAAAUCCCGGCUGGGUGCAACCAGAGCUGUAGCUUAGACCGGGGACGAUCGACGCAAAUAGUCCCAUGUACAUAACGAAAAUACUUUC